AUGGCAUUGCUGGAAUGGGCACGGCAAGAUGCGACAAUGAAGAGCAGUCUCGAGCUCUACUGCGGCCCCGCAAGCAAGGAUUUGAUGAUUAUGGACAUUCCCGCCAAUGUGGCCGUCGACGCUUACCUUUGGGAAGGACUACUCGUCGCCGAGUCGAUGUUGGAGGCUGACGGUACACUCCUCGUCGUGUCGCCGCACGCAUUCUCUGUCCGUGUACGGCGUUUUUUGCAGUGGCGCUUUCUCCGCGCGCAGUGCGCCGUUAGUGAGGCCGGCGCAGUGCACUACGCUGUGUGCUCCACUGUGGCCGCCGGCUUUGGAGACGCUGCAGUGCGGCGCGACGACUUCCCCGGACAGCUUGCUACCGGAAAGCGACGGCCUUGCAAGUGGAAUCCCUAUCGUCGGCCGGAGAAGCGGAAGUUCGUGGCGUCGCUGCGGCCAUGGUUUACAAAUGCUCCAUUUGUCAAAGACGCCUUGAGGUGCAGUCUCGAGCGCGAGCGGGACGCCCAGGAGCGACUCCGCGACGCCGAUGACGCCUUUUUUGCUGUUGCGCACGAGAUGGUGGAAAAGGGGGUGCACUACUCGCAUCCCAACGACUAA